AUGAGCACCUUCCAAUCCGUGAGCGACGACAGCGAGGGCGGCGCGCUCGUCGUCUCGUCUGGCGGCGACGUCGAGGCGCUCGCCGGCCCGCUGCCGCUCGACGGCGACGGCCUGCUCGCCCUCGACGUGGCCCUCGCGCUCGCGGACGGGUCGCUGCUGCCGCUGGUCCCGCGCGGCAGCGCGCUGCCCGCGUCCGCCGAGGCGCUGCUGACGACCGCGGCCGACGGCCAGACGGCGAUCGACGCGCUCGUCGUCGCGGCCGCGCGGCCGACGACGGCGGGCGCGGCGCGCCUCGCGCUGGCGUCGCACGCCGUCGCGCCGGCGCCGCGGGGCCGCGCGCAGGUCCUCGUCCGCGUGCAGUGCCGGCCGCGGCUCCUGCGCGCGCGGUUGAGCGACGUCGGCCCGCCGGACCGCGCGACGUCCGCGACGGCGCUCGACGCCGCGCCGCCGCCCGCGGCGCCUGCGACGCGCCUCCCGGCGCGCUGGCGCGCCGACGUCGGCGCGCCGCACGCGGCCUACUACUUCGCCGGCGUCGCCGUGGAACUCGAGCAGCGCGCGCCGCGCGCCGACGGCGCGGCGCCCGAGGGCGUCGGCGGCGACGUCGACGCGAGCUACACGGCGUCCCGCGUCUGGCCCGCGGCCUACGAGCUCGCGCGCCACCUCGAGGGCGGCGCCGUCGCCGGCGCGCGCGUGCUCGAACUCGGCGCGGGCGCGGGGCUCUGCGGCCUCGCGGCCGCCGCGGCCUUCGGCGCGGCGGCGGUCGUGCUCAGCGACCUGCCGGAGAACCUGCCGCUCCUCGAGCGCAACGCGAAGCGCAGCGGCGCCGCCGGCGUCGCCGUCGUCGCGCUCGACUGGCUCGCGCCGGACCUGCCGGAGGACCUGCCGCCGGCCGACGUCGUCCUCGCGGCGGACUGCGUCUUCUGGCCCCACCUCUUCGACCCGCUGCUCGACACGCUCGGCCGGCUCCGGCGGCGCAACCCGGACGCGACGCUCCUCAUCAGCUGCACGCACCGCCUCGGCCGCACGGCCGAGUUCCUCCGGCGCGUCGCGGCCCGGGGCUGGGUCGCCGCCGCCGCGCCGAGGCCCGACCGGCCGGGCGCGGCGAACACCGACGUCUACGAGCUCCGCGUUCCGUAA